CUAUGGGUCUUUGCAUGAUCUGGGUUGACAUUUGACGUUGGUCCUUGUUCAAUAACAGCACAACGAUGAGGUAGAAGAAAACGAGUUUGACUCAGAUAAGUUGGAUCUUUGGGCUCCCCUUCGGUUGGUAGGCACAGGGAGGAUGUCGCAGCUUUUGAGGCUCCUCUCAGCGGCCGCCCGGCCUCUGUGCUACCGGGCAGUCGCGACUCGGCUGUACGCUGUCCCCACAGCACGUCGUUUCAUUGGCGAAUACACUCGCUUCGCCGUGCUGAGUGCCCGUCCGACCGCGGCCGACUUUGUGUCCAUCCGUAGCUUCCGGGUGGCUCGGCGACGUCUUUAUUCCAAUGAGGCCAAAGAUGGGAAAGGAGAUGGCGCAGGAGGACGAGGCGGACGGGCAGGAGGCGGGAAGAGAGGAGGGGGAGGAGCCAAAAAAGACUGGUGGAGUCGAAUGCAGAAGGGCGACUUCCCGUGGGACGAGAAGGACUUCCGCUACCUGGCGGUCGCGGCGGCCGGCGCCGGCUCCACGCUGCUCUACUUGUACUUCCGCGACAACGGCCGCGAAAUCAGCUGGAAGGACUUUGUGCACCGCUAUCUGGGCCGCGGCAUGGUGGAUCGCCUGGAGGUGGUCAACAAACAGUACGUGCGCGUCAUCCUGAUGCCUGGCGCAGAUGCCGAAGGGAGCUACGUGUGGUUCAACAUCGGCAGCGUGGACACGUUUGAGAGGAACCUGGAGACGGCCCACUUGGAGCUCGGCAUGGAGACGUCGCGCCGGCCCGCCGUGGUCUACAGCUCCGAGAGCGACGGGUCUUUCCUGAUGAGCAUGAUCCCCACGCUGCUCCUCAUCGGCUUCCUGCUCUUCACGCUGCGCCGCGGGCCCAUGGGGGCGGGGCCCAGGGGUGGCCGGGGCGGGCCCUUCGGCAUGAGCGAGUCCACCGCCAAGAUGAUGAAGGACAACAUCGAGGUCAAGUUCAAAGACGUGGCGGGCUGCGAGGAGGCCAAGCUGGAGAUCCUGGAGUUCGUCAACUUCCUCAAGAACCCGCAGCAGUACCAGGACCUCGGAGCCAAGAUCCCCAAGGGCGCCGUACUGUCGGGCCCUCCCGGUACCGGCAAGACGCUUCUGGCCAAAGCCACCGCCGGCGAGGCCGACGUUCCCUUCAUCACCGUCAACGGCUCGGAAUUCCUGGAGAUGUUCGUGGGCGUCGGUCCCGCCAGGGUGAGGGACAUGUUCGCCAUGGCCAGGAAGAACGCCCCCUGCAUCCUUUUCAUCGACGAGAUCGACGCGGUGGGCCGCAAGCGAGGCGGCGGCAACUUUGGCGGCCAGAGCGAGCAGGAGAACACGCUCAACCAGCUCCUGGUGGAGAUGGACGGCUUCAACACGGCCACCAACGUGGUGGUCCUGGCCGGCACCAACAGACCCGACGUCCUCGACCCCGCCCUCAUGAGGCCCGGCCGCUUCGACAGGCAGAUCUACAUCGGCCCCCCGGACAUCAAAGGGCGGGCGUCCAUCUUUCGGGUGCACUUGCGACCCAUCAAGUUGGACCCCAACGUGGACAAGGACACGCUGGCCAGGAAGAUGGCCGCCGCCACGCCCGGAUUCACCGGGGCCGACAUCGCCAACGUCUGCAACGAGGCGGCGCUGAUCGCGGCCAGGCACCUCCACCCGCACGUCGGCCAUAAAGACUUUGAGCAGGCCAUCGACAGGGUCAUCGGAGGUCUGGAGAAGAAGACGCAGGUGCUGCAGCCGAUGGAGAAAAAGACGGUGGCCUACCACGAGGCGGGCCACGCCGUCACGGGCUGGUUCCUGCAACACGCCGACCCGCUGCUCAAGGUGUCCAUCAUCCCCCGCGGGAAGGGGCUGGGCUACGCGCAGUACCUCCCCCGCGAGCAGUACCUGUACAGCCGCGAGCAGCUCUUUGACAGGAUGUGCAUGAUGCUGGGAGGGCGCGUGGCCGAGAGCGUCUUCUUCGGACGCGUCACCACCGGCGCGCAGGACGACCUCAAGAAGGUGACGCAGUCGGCGUACGCGCAGGUGGUCCAGUUCGGGAUGAGCGAGAAGGUGGGCCAGGUGUCGUUUGAGCUGCCGCGCCAGGGCGAGAUGGUCCUCGAGAAGCCCUACAGCGAAGCCACGGCCGAGCUGAUAGACGACGAGGUCCGGGCGCUGGUGGAGCGGGCGUACGCGCGCACGCUGCAGCUGGUCCAGGAAAAAAAGGACCUGGUGGAGCUGGUGGGCAAGCGGCUGCUGGAGAAGGAAGUCCUGGACAAGGCGGACAUGCUGGAGCUGCUGGGCCCGCGGCCCUUUGAGGAGAAGUCCACGUACGAGGAGUUCGUGGAGGGCACGGGGAGCUUGGACGAGGACACCAGCCUGCCCGACGGCCUGCGGGAUUGGAACCGAGAGCGCUCGGGCGGCAAGCCCGACGACGACGACGAGGCCGCCGCCGACGCUCGGGACAAGCAGCAGGCCGGAUAGACUGCGGGCCCCCGAUCGGACCCCGCGUCGCUGUCAGGAAGAGCGCCCGACCGCUCGCGUCGAUCGACUGACGCGGCCUUCCCGUGGACAGUUUUUAAUUUGAAAAAAACUAAAAGUAUUUAUUGGCUGCAAGCGUCAGCGGUCGGAUGGAUGGCAAUUGUCCGCAGCUUCAGCUUUUAAAGGCAACAAACCAAGCGGAACCAUUGAAAGAGAU